AUUAACCGUGUUUGUUAUAUGAAUCAAGAGAAUCUCGACAUAUUUAAUCUCAAAAACCCGGCGCAAUAACCGGUUACUCCAUGUGCUUUCCCUUCCUCCACUUUAUAUUUAUGUUUCACUUUUGUAAAGACUACUCUCUCGCAUUUCUUUGUUGAGUUAUAUGCUUCAUUGCAACCAUGGGAAACUGCUUAACAAACAACAAAAUAUUAGCACAAGAUGAUGAUCAUGAAAACUAUAAUGAUCAAGCAGCAAAAGUUGAGAAAAUGAAGACAUCUUUUUCAUCGAAGUUCGAAGCUCCGAGGAAAGAAAAAUGCAUGAGUAAGAAGAAGGUUAGGUUUGAGAUACAAAAUGAUGAAGAUGGUGAUGGUAGAGGAAGUGAUGGUAAUUCUAGAAGUGUGAGAAUUAGAGUGGUGAUGACUCAAGAUGAGUUGAAAAGGAUGUUGAGUUGCAAGGAUGAAAAUGAGAACACUUCAUUGGAGCAAUUACUAAGUGUUAUGAAGUCGAGAGGAGGAAAAAUUUGUAAACAUGAUUUGGGUUUAUUUUCUUGGAGCCCAAAUUUAGAAAGUAUCCCAGAGGAUGCUUAAUUAAGUAGUGAUAUGUUUUGUUAACGAUACCUUUAUGUAAAUUAUUAUCAUAUUAUUUUUUAUUUUAUCAUUUUGAUUGAUGUAGGAGUAUUUGAUGAACUAUAUAUUAACAAGGGGUUUCAAUUUGGCUUGAGAAAAAAA